CGUCACGGCCGCGCCGCAAGUACAGGCGGCAGCGAACUCUUCGCGGCGGCAUACCUGGCGCGCAGAGGCGAGUUUUCUCUCGGCGGCGCCGGAAGUCCGGGACACGUGACCGGGUGACAGCGCACACUGGGCUGGCUGGCUGCCUUUAGGUGCGGCGGCGCGGGAUGGCGGAGGCGCCUCCGGUCUCAGGUACUUUCAAACUCAAUACGGAUGCUGCUGAAUUCAUUCCUCAGGACAGAAAAACUUCUGGUCUAAAUUGUGGAGCUCAAAGAAGACUAGACUCUAGUAGGAUCGGCAGAAGAAAUUACAGUACAUCACCUCCUUGUCACCUUUCCAGGCAGGGCCUUUAUGAUGACAUCUCUGCAGUUCAUCAGUACAGUUACCCUUCUGGAAGCAAGCCUAAGAGUCAGCAGGCUUUCUUCCAGCCUUCUGCUUCUAACAGGUCACUCAAGAACCAUGGCCUUCAGUGUCAACCUUGGCAAAAACUGAGGAACGAAAAGCACCAUAUCAGAGUCAAGAAAGCACAGGGGCUCACUGACCACACCUCAGAUAUAGCUAGCUUAGAAAAUGUGGCAAGAUCAGAGAGCGGGACAAAUCCCAGAGACCACAGCCCUUCUGAGGGCGAGAAAGAAGUUAUUGGCGCUGACCCCAGGGGAGCAAAACCCAAAAAAGCAGCACAGUUUGUAUACAGCUAUGGUAGAGGAACAAAAGUUAAGGGAAAACUCAAAUGUGAAUGGGGUAACAAAGUGACUGCAAAACCUGAGGAUGCAGGACCUGAAAAUAUCAAACCUGCGGGGGUUUCCCACCCUGAGCCUUCAGAUGCGGCCUGUAGAAAAGGCGGACUGGAUGGGUAUGGGGCCAGACGAAGUGAGCAGAGAAGAUACCCACAGAAAAGGCCUCCUUGGGAAGUGGAGGGGGCCAGGCCGAGACCUGGCAGGAAUCCACCCAAACAGGAGGGCCAGCGGCAUGCACACGCGGGCCCCAGAAACAGCAUGGCUCCCAUGCCAAAGGACAGCAUCAACGAAGGAGCAACCAGACCUGCCUGUGACAGUGAGAAUCUGGCAGUUAGCAACAAGUCUUCCAGAAGGGUUGACCAAGAGAAGAAUGUUGUAAGGAGGCAGGACCCUCCAGUGGUGUCUCCUUUCCCCCGAGGCAAACAGAACCAUAUGCUAAAGAAUAUGGAAACACAUACAGGUUCUCUAAUUGAACAGCUAACAACAGAGAAAUAUGAGUGCAUGGUGUGCUGUGAGCUGGUUCGAGUCACGGCCCCAGUGUGGAGCUGUCAGAGCUGUUACCACGUGUUUCAUCUGAACUGCAUCAAGAAAUGGGCGAGGUCUCCAGCGUCUCAAGCAGAUGGCCAGAGUGGUUGGAGGUGCCCUGCCUGUCAGAAUGUUUCUGCACAUGUUCCUAAUACCUACACUUGUUUCUGUGGCAAGGUAAAGAAUCCUGAAUGGAGCAGACAUGAAAUUCCACAUAGUUGUGGUGAGGUGUGUAGAAGGAAACAGCCUGGCCAGGACUGCCCACAUUCCUGUAACCUUCUCUGCCAUCCUGGACCCUGCCCACCCUGCCCUGCCUUCAUGACUAAAACAUGUGAAUGUGGACGGACCAGGCACACAGUUCGCUGUGGCCAGGCUGUGUCAGUCCACUGUUCAAACCCAUGUGAGAAUAUUUUGAACUGUGGUCAGCACCGCUGUGCUGAGCUGUGCCAUGGGGGUCAGUGCCAGCCUUGUCGGAUCAUACUGAACCAGGUAUGCUACUGUGGCAGCACCCCCCGAGAUGUUCUGUGCGGGACAGACACAGGGAAGUCUGACGGAUUUGGGGACUUCAGCUGUUUAAAGAUAUGUGGCAAGGACUUGAAGUGUGGGAACCACACGUGUUCUCAGGUGUGCCACCCUCAGCCCUGCCAGCCUUGCCCGCGGCUCCCCUACCUGGUACGCUUUUGCCCUUGUGGCCAAACUCCUCUUGGCCAGCUGCUGGAGCUGGGAAGUAGCAGCCGGAAGACGUGCAUGGACCCCGUCCCCUCGUGCGGAAAAGUGUGUGGCAAGCCCCUGCCUUGUGGCUCCUCAGAUUUCAUUCACACCUGUGAGAAGCUCUGCCACGAAGGAGACUGUGGACCGUGCUCUCGAACGUCAGUUAUCUCCUGCAGGUGCUCUUUCAGAACAAAGGAGCUUCCGUGUACCAGUCUCAGAAGUGAAGGACAAGGAGCACAAGUGCCCUUUGAUUUGUGGGAGGAAACUCCGCUGUGGCCUUCACAGGUGUGAGGAACCUUGCCAUCGGGGGAGCUGCCAGACGUGCUGGCAAGCCAGCUUUGAUGAAUUAACUUGCCACUGUGGCGCGUCAGUGAUCUACCCUCCCGUCCCCUGUGGCACCAGGCCCCCCGAGUGUAGUCAGACCUGUGCCAGACUCCACGAGUGUGACCAUCCCGUGUAUCACUCUUGUCACAGUGAGGAGAAGUGUCCCCCUUGUACUUUCCUGACUCAGAGGUGGUGCAUGGGUAAGCACGAGUUACGAAGCAACAUCCCCUGCCACCUGGCUGACAUCUCCUGCGGGUUACCCUGCAGUGCCGCGCUCCCGUGUGGGAUGCACAAGUGUCAGAGGCUCUGUCACAAAGGAGAGUGCCUUGUGGAUGAGCCCUGCAAGCAGCCCUGCAGCACCCCCAGAGCGGACUGUGGCCACCCGUGCAUGGCUCCCUGCCACCCCAGCUCACCCUGCCCAGUGACUGCUUGCAAAGCCAAGGUAGAGCUACAGUGUGAAUGUGGACGAAGAAAAGAAAUGGUGAUUUGCUCUGAAGCAUCCAGUACUUACCAGAGAAUAGCUGCUAUUUCCAUGGCCUCUAAAAUAACAGACAUGCAGCUUGGUGAUUCCGUGGAGAUCAGCAGGUUCAUUACCAAAAAAGAAGUUCAGCAAGCCAGGCUGGAGUGUGAUGAAGAGUGUUCAGCCUUGGAAAGGAGAAGGAGGUUGGCAGAGGCAUUCGACAUCAGUGACGACUCUGACCCUUUCAGCGUCCGCUCAUCGGCGUCAAAAUUCAGCGACAGUUUGAAAGAGGAUGGCAGGAAGGACUUAAAGUUUGUCAGUGACGUUGAGAAGGAAAUGGAAACCCUUGUGGAGGCCGUGAACAAGGGAAAGAGCAGCAAGAAAAGCCACAGCUUCCCUCCCAUGAACAGAGACCACCGCCGAAUCAUCCACGACCUGGCCCAAGUUUACGGCCUGGAGAGUGUGAGCUACGACAGUGAGCCGAAGCGCAACGUUGUGGUCACUGCGGUGAGAGGGAAGUCCAUCUGUCCCCCGGCCACGCUGACAGCUGUGCUCGAAAGGGAGAUGCAGGCGCGGCCUCCACCACCGAUCCCCCAUCACAGACAUCAGACGGACAAGAACCCUGGGAGCAGUACUUUACAGAAGAUAGCCAAGGAGCCAGUCAUUGACUACUUCGAUGUCCAGGACUGAGCGCAGGGUGUGCGUCGAUGAAAGAACGGCAGGCGUCACGGAGACACCCUGGCCGGCGGGCAGCCCGUGCUUCCCUCGCUGCCUGGCAGAGCCGUAGCCGCAUGUGCCGUCUCGUACCGCUGCAUCCGGAGCACGGGUGUCGGGAACCCUGGUCGGUUCCUGUCUGUAAAGGGUCCCACUGCGGCCAGGCCGCCAGCUGUGACCACGAGGCCUCCGGUCCUGCUCUGAAGGCUUCUCACACCAUCCGUGUGACCGCCUGACGGUGGGGGAUGUUGGACUUCAUCUGGACAAACCAGGAUUUUAGCCCAAAACUGACUCCGGUACUUAGUUACAGUCUCCACUGGCACAGCACAUUUCUCGGUCUGGAGUGACGAGCACUGAACUGAUGCACCACUCGUGGGAUACACACGUCGUCUUAAACCCGGCCAGCUCGCCCGCCUUUUGCCAGAGUCUCUCCUCGAUCCGUCUAGCUGCACGUCCUUCCGCGUCUGCCAGGGCUGUCAGUGCCCGGCAGGGGGCAGGGUCGGGCUGCUUCACAGAACCCACUUCUUCCCGUCCCUGGCGCCCCUCGUGCCCCGUCACCGAGUCUGCCAGCGCCGGUUCGGCCCUGCGUGACAGUAGAGGUGCAGAGCAAGCUCUCCUGCCGGGUUCGCAGUGUGGCCUCCGUGAAAUGACCAGUGUCCCCAGCUGCUCUGGUUGAUAAAGUCUCACGUAAACAACU